UGUAACAGCUCGACCGGAAGUGAUGUAGAAACUGCUUCUGAUUUCUCGGAAGCCGAAACGCCUUGAAACUGCAAUAAAGUGUGUUGGACAUUACCCGAGAAGCCUUAAACUCGAAGGAGUCAGCUAACGGUUGACAGAUGGCUUAUCCGGGAUACGGCGGAUAUGGCGGCCCCAUGCCAGGGAUGCCCCCACAAGGAAUGCCAGGAGGACACAUGGGAGGCCCCAUGCCAGGGCAGAUGGGAGGACACAUGGGAGGCCCAAUGCCAGGACAGAUGGGCGGACAGAUGGGCGGACACAUGGGAGGCCCCCCGGCCCAGGGAGGAUAUGGCUCCUAUGGAGGAGGAGGAGGAGGCGGCUACCCAGGUGGAUUCGGUGCCCCGCCCCCAGCUGCCAAUGAUCCAAUGUGGGGUUACUUCACCGCUAUAGCGGGACAGGAUGGAGAGGUGGACGCGGAAGAGCUCCAGAGGUGCUUGACUCAGGCUGGCUUCACUGGCAGCUACAACCCAUUCAGUCUAGAGACCUGCAGAAUCAUGAUCGCAAUGCUUGAU